AUGAAUUAUAGAAACGAACGUCAGAAAACAUUCGACCAACCUGUAAAAGCGGAGGGUAAAACUUUUAAUUGGAAUGAUAUCAUUGAAUUCACGCCGUCAUUUGAUUUAGUUGAAGCAGGAUUUUAUUUUACACCAACCAAAAGAAGAAAAAAUAGAAUUACAUGUACUUAUUGUAACAAAUCAAUUAUUAUUCAAAAGGAUUUUAAAUAUGAUAGAAUUGUGACGGAACAUUUAAAAAGAAAUUCUAAUUGUCCAAUGUCAAUGAUUCUUGAUCUUUUGGAUUCAAGUAAAGACCUACCUGAAAAUGAAAAACAAUCGUUUUGGGAAAACUCAAGGUUUAAAAACCCACUAGAUGAUGAUUCAAUAGCUUUUAGAAGACAAUUUUUCAAUGAUUUUCCUUUGAACAAGGUAGAGUCCAAACCAAAUUCCGAUUCAUUAGCUAAAGCGGGAUUUAUUUAUCAACCAAGACAAUUUGGAGAUGACAGAGUAUUGUGUAUGUUUUGCAAAUGUGCAUUAGAUUACUGGGAAAAAGAUGAUGAUCCAACUGAAGAACAUACAAAAAAUGCAAAUAAUUAUUGUUACAUAUUGGACAUGAUUAAAAAACAAAAUGAAAAGCAAAAUGAUAGAAUUGAAGAAAUUAGUGACGCGUCAUGCGGUGAUAUUUCGUUACUUAGUGAUUCAAAUGAACAUAUACCAACAGCAUCAUCAACAAAAGAGCCCAAUAUAUCAACAACAAAAGAGAAACAAAAAGAUCUGAAAAUAGCAAGGUCAAGAAAGCGUAAACCACCAGAUUUUAAUAAUGAUUUACAACUUGACCAAAAUCACCUUAACAAGAGCACAAAGAAAAGGAAGACCGAACCAUAUGGUAAAAAAGAUGAAAAUUUAGAUUAUUGGAAUAAAUUACCAGAUGACGAUUUACUACAGGAAUUCAUACAAGUUUCAAAACUGUCAGAUUUUAAAAUUAGACCAACAGACAAAGAGAGUGAGGUUGGUGCUAAUAUUGAUCAAUACAAAUCCACCAUCCAAGAUGUCUCCUCAAAACCGAAGGAAGAUGAUGAUUUGGCUUCCAAAGAUUUAGAUGAUGUUUUAAAAUGUGAUUCUCAACCUAAAGAAGUGUUGAGUGAAGAUGUUUCAGACUCCAAGAAUUCAAUUGAGGGUGCUUUAGAUUUGAACGUGAAUAGUGAAGAUGAAGUAGAGUCAGAAUUAGACUUUGAAUCUAUUAGCACAUCCGAUGAGUACGAGCCUACUCAGGACUCAAAUCAAGUUAACAGUAUUGAAAAGAUUACAAAGCAAAUAGAAUCAAAGAAAGUCCCUAGUACUACUCCCAGAUUACCUAAAAAAAUGAGUAUUUUAAGUUCAUCUCCAGCUAAAUCCAAGGUGAUAAUCAAACGUAAUACUCCAAUCCCAAUUUUUGAAGAUACUUCAACAGAUAAUGAUUAUGGAGAAAAUCAUGUUGCAAAAUUAGAGAAAAAAGUUAUUAAGUCAACAACUCCAAUAUUACCGGUUGAUGAAGAUAGUAAUGAUUUAUCAUCAGAAAUUAGAAAUUCACCUAUUCGUAUGUCACCAACUAAAGUAACUACAAAGAGAGCUGAAGGUGUAAAACCAAGUUUAUUUGAUCUGUCAGUGGAUUUUUCAUUAGAUAAUAUAUCACCAAUUAGACCUAGAACUGCUGCAUUUGCGGCUAAACAGAAAGUUGAUUUAAACAAGAAUAUAAGUGAGAAUAAGACUAUUGGUGUACUUGAAGAACGUAAAUUUGAUACCGUUGAAAUUAAGAAACCAAAAAGCCCAUUUAAUGUAUUAAACAAUAGUCACUUAGAAGCAGUAAGUACAAAUCUAUUUGUUCAAUCAAGUACUAAUGAUUUCGAUCCAUUUGAUGAACCUUCAAAACACUUUGAAGUUGAUAAAUUGAAUGAAACAAGUGGUAUAUUAGAAGAUGUUAUUGCUGUGCCUGAUGCAUCUUUAACGACUGAAAGAAAUGGGAGGAGAGAUGAACCAAGCUCCGAACAUCAAAGUUUGAAUCCGGAAACUUCUCAAGAAAGACUGCAUCAAUCAGAAAUGGUACAAGACUUCUUAGAUGACAACUUAACAACUUCAACUCCUAAGCAUAAAGGAAAUACAGAAACAAGUGUCAACUUAACUCAAUUACCUGAAAUAACCAAGACUAGUUUUGAAGCUGAGGCGUUUGAUGAUGUUUUGGAGAUAAAGGGAGAAAAUGACCUAGAUAAACAAAUGACUAAUGAACAAAUUGAAGUUGGAAAUAAUACAUCAAUAGUUGCAAAUUCCACCAAAAUUGAAGCAAAAGGGGUCGAUUUAAGUGAUGAAAAAGAAGAACUAUUGCUCAAUGAGGAAAAUUUAGAGGAUGAGAUUGCUAUAAACGACGUUGAUUCCGAAACAUCUAAUGAUGUUACUGGAAACAUUUCAGUAGGAAGUGAACUUUUGAGUAUUUCAAACCCAAUUUCUGCCGAAAAAAGUAAUAUGGAGAAAGAAGAUCUACCAUCAGAGUCAAGCAACAAAAAUGAAAAUAGAGUUCAUGAUAUUUCAGAAUCAACAACUGCAAAAAAAUCGGGUAGUGAAAAUGGCUCAGCCGAUACAAAUAACAGAUUAAAUUUAGAUGAAACUAAUAAACAUACUAAAAAUCCUAAGUCAAGCGUUACUGAUCCAGACAACUCAGAUAAGGAGAACAACUACAAAUUGGGUAUUGAACUAACCAAAAAGACAUCUACAACUUCGUCCAUCAAACUUGAGAUAAAUAGCGAAAAUGCAAUAUUGCAACAUCCACAAUUCACAACAUCUUCUACAUGUCAAACUGAAACUCCAACUUCUACAGAAUCAUCAAAUCAAGAACCAGCAAUCAAUAAGGAUAAAUUACAAAACUCUGAAAAUAAAUCUCAAAAUAUUGAAAUUGAAGAAGAAGUUACCAAUUCACAAUCAAAAUGGGAACCAAGGUCAAUGGAUAAUUUUUUGCAACAAGUUGAAGAUCUAAAAAACAGUUCAAAAGAAUUAAAACAAUUAUCAACUUUAAAUUAUGAAUUGAGUGAUGAUGUCAACGGAGAUUUGACUGGAUUUAUAUCUGAAAUGCCAGAAGAUGAAGAACAAAUGACAAUUAAACAAUGGAUUGAACAUUGUGCUAUUAAUUGUAGAGAUAUUGUCAGUCAAUCAGUGGAAGAAUUAAACAAACAUAUUUUAGAAGAAUAUGAUAGAGCUAUUAAAGCAGUUGAAAUGAUGGAUGAUGUCUAA